UACAAACCCUCGAGUAGAAAGAGAAAAACUACUCAAAGAAGCAGAAGAGUAGAAGAAGAAAGAAACAGAGAAAUCCAUGGCGGACCAAGAAAUCCCCGAAGAUGCCAAUGAACACUGUCCAGGUCCACAAUCAGAGUCAGCUGGAAAAGCUGAUUCUUGUGCUGGAUGCCCUAAUCAAGAAAUUUGUGCUACUGCUCCUAAAGGACCUGACCCUGACUUGGUUGCAAUUGCAGAACGAAUGGCCACUGUCAAGCACAAGAUUCUUGUUUUAUCCGGGAAAGGUGGAGUUGGCAAGAGCACGUUCUCUGCACAACUUGCUUUUGCACUAGCAGGCAUGGACCAUCAGGUGGGUCUCCUUGAUAUUGACAUAUGUGGCCCAAGCAUUCCAAAGAUGCUUGGUUUGGAAGGUCAGGACAUUCAUCAGAGCAACCUUGGCUGGUCUCCUGUCUAUGUGGAGUCCAACCUUGGUGUCAUGUCUAUUGGUUUCAUGCUCCCUAACCCAGACGAAGCUGUGAUAUGGAGAGGUCCUCGGAAGAAUGGGAUUAUCAAGCAAUUCUUGAAAGACGUACACUGGGGAGAGCUUGAUUAUCUAGUGGUGGAUGCUCCUCCUGGCACCUCAGAUGAGCACAUCUCUAUUGUGCAGUUUCUUCAAGCAACUGGUAUUGAUGGUGCAAUUAUUGUCACCACCCCGCAAGAGGUAUCCCUGAUUGAUGUUCGUAAGGAAGUGAGUUUCUGUAAAAAGGUUGGAAUCCGUGUUCUUGGCGUUGUCGAGAACAUGAGUGGGUUGCAGCAACCACUUGCAGAUGUCAAGUUCAUGAAAGUAUCAGGGGAAGGGGAGGAGACAGAUAUGACUGAGUGGGCAUUGAAGUAUAUGAAAGAAAAUGCUCCAGAAAUGUUGAAUUUGAUUACAUGCACUGAAGUUUUUGAAAGCAGCAAAGGUGGUGCAGCGAAAAUGUGCAGGGAGAUGGAAGUUCCAUUCCUUGGAAAAGUUCCCAUGGACCCAAUGUUGGGAAAGGCUGCUGAAGAAGGACGGUCAUGCUUUGCUGAUCAGCAAUGCGGUGCCAGUUCAGCUGCACUCAGAAGAAUCAUAGACACACUGUUGGAGGACCCAACGAUGUCAGUGUCCAUGAUGGAUGAGGGUGCCUAAAGCAAUUCCCACUAGAGUUUGCCGAACUCGUUAAUUAGGUCUAUUAUUUGGUUUUGUUUUUGACUGAUCAAAACGUGAACUAUAGCCAGUUUUGCUUUUGUCUUGGAAUGAAUGUGUUGUAUUGAUAAAGGGAUUUUGUACAUCUGUAUAUGUUUAAUAUUUGUGCAGAGUGUCCAGGUAUGAUAUUUCAGAUAUGAUCAGUCUGGUUCUUCUCAUUUAUUGGCUGCACCAGUUCUGGUUUUUUAUGGCU